GCCACUGACCAGAGCACUUCGGCAGUCCAACUAGAUUCCUCAGCAUGGAUUUCAUCAGAGCGGCGGCUGCUGUAAUCUUGUUGGCUGUGCUCGGCCAGGCAGCAGUAGUGAGUGAGGAUGGACUUCCUAUUAAGUGGGGGAAAGCCCCGAGCGAGCUUUCCCAGCUGCCCACCGCCGACGGGGUGAUCCAGGUAAACCCGUGGGAUUAUUUACAGCGGAUGGCCUUGUACAAGCUGCUGAUCAAUUCCACCGAUCCCUACAUGAGCUCAAUGGGCCCUGGAGACAAAGAGAAUCCUCUAUGGAGUCUUCCUCUGCAGCUGGGAUGGAAGCUCAGAUCAGGUCGUCUGACUGACCCAAGCCCUGGCAGCAGCAGCAGCUGUGGACUGGAAAGCUCAGAACCGGUUUGCAUCUCUACUCAGAGCUGGUAUGCAUGUAUGAACUACUACAUGUCCGUGCUUCCAUUCCUGGCAGCAGUUCAGACGGGUGUAGUCAAGAAGGGUGAGUUUCAGCUUCAGAUCCAGGUUCCAUCAGAGGUUUCUCAAGAUUACUGCGCCAACUUCACAGACUGUUCCACCAAACAUCCUGAUGCCAUGACUAAGUGGGAAAAAUUUUUCCAGUCUUUGCAGCAGAUCAGUGACUCUGAAGACACAGACUUCAGCAAGAAGGACAAGAUCCUGGGACUGCUGUGGGCAGCAGAAGAGGCGUCUCUACAAACAGCCUCCACAGCCUGCAGUGAAAGGCAGAAGCUGUACUCCUAUCCUGAGGUACGGUUCGCACAGGGCUGGCUCAACUCGGCGGCGUUCGUAGCAGCUGCUCGUUUCCACGCCAACGUCGAGAGGUCCGAGAAGUUAAUGGCUCCUCUGCCGAGCCGAGUGCUGCAGGAGUCUGACAAACCACCCAACAUCGAUGAUCUCAGCGCCGAGGAGAACCACGCACUCCACAUCUUCAGCUGGAUGAACAGCAUCAAUACCCUGCUCGGUGGUUCCCUCGUGAAUCUGUGGAGGAGUGCUAUGUGUUCACCUCAGGCUCGGGAGAAAGGUCAAGGCCUUCUUCACGACCUCAUUCUUGACCCCAAGUUCCCUGGUAGCAGUCUGAUGGCAAUCCUGACUGAGAUGUCCACCAGCUGUUAACAAUCGCCAGAAGAUAUAAAAACUGACUAGAAUAAACUUGUUUCUAGUAAAUAAAAGCAGUUUACUGUAUGAAUCUGCAGACGACACUGUCAGGGUAAAACCUACGGGAUGCAGCAGUGUAAAAAUCGUUUUUUGUCUUAAACCAAAUAAAAACGUAAGACCGAAAAA